GAAAAAGGAACAGCCUAGCGAGGAAAAUAAAAUCGGUGCGCCCCCCCAAAAAUAAAGAAAAAAAAAAAAACAAAUAUCUUUGCCCAAUAUUAAUUCGGAUUUUCCAACUCAAAUCGCCGCUGUUACUUCAACCGGCGGAGCCCAUUACCCCCUUCAACUCGCUCUUCGAGAGCCCAAGUCGGCCCGAUAUUUCCCUCUCCGCGUCGGAAUAUGAGAGCUCCAGGCCUUAUUUAAUAGAUCUAUCACUUUGAUUUUCUCAAUUUUCGGAAAUUUUGCUUGGAUUGCUAGGGAUUUUUGUUCGGUUUUGGUAUUGAUCGUUUAUGGAAUUUUGGGUCUGAAUUUCGGUCCGAGGAGCAUUCGGAAUACUGCGAUCUGAGUUUGGAUUGAAGACACUGGUUAUACGAGGCAAAGUUCCUGGUGUUUUUUUGGGUUUUUACCGAUAUUGGGUUUAAGGCUUUGGAUCGGCGGUUAGGGUUUUGGUUGCGGGUGUUGCUUCAUUUUGGUUUGAGAUUAGGAUUAGGUGUAGGGUUCUAAGAGAUUUUGGGACAGAGAUAUGGUUGGAUCGGAUAGUUUGAACUCAUCGCCUUCUCUGUCGCCUCCGCCGGCAGAGAACAAGCAGCUGCCGAAGCAGUGGGGAGUGGCAAAGCCCUUGUCGCUAGCUGGGCCCAUUGAUGCGGAUAUUCAGAGGAACAGGGAGUUGGAGAAGUUUUUGGUAGAGUCGGAACUUUAUGAGAGUGCAGAAGAAUCUGCCAAAAGGGAAGCGGUUCUCGCACGACUUAAGCAGAUUGUGAAAGAUUGGGUUAAAGAGCUUACUCGGUUGAGGGGUUACACUGAUCAAAUGGUGGAAGAUGCCAAUGCUGUUAUUUUUACCUUUGGUUCUUAUAGACUCGGUGUACAUGGACCUGGUGCGGACAUUGAUACUUUGUGUAUUGGACCAUCCUAUGUUAACCGGGAGGAAGACUUCUUUUUUGUACUUCACAACAUUUUAGCUGAGAUGGAAGAAGUUUCUGAACUUCAUCCAGUACCUGAUGCUCAUGUCCCUGUUAUGAAAUUCAAGCUUGAUGGAAUAUCAAUUGAUCUUCUGUACGCAAGUAUUUCACUCUUGGUCGUUCCAGAUGAUUUGGACAUCUCAAACAUCUCUGUGUUGUAUGACAUAGACGAACCAACUGUUCGUAGUCUUAAUGGAUGCCGAGUAGCCGAUCAAAUCCUCAAACUUGUUCCAAAUGUUGAGAACUUCCGGAUUACUCUGCAAUGCCUAAAGUUCUGGGCUAAGAGACGUGGUGUUUAUUCAAAUGUGAUGGGGUUUCUUGGUGGUGUGAACUGGGCUAUUCUUGUUGCUCGGUUAUGCCAGUUUUAUCCAGAAGCAAAUCCUAGUAUGCUAGUUUCUCGUUUCUUCAGAGUCUAUACAUUGUGGCGCUGGCCAAAUCCUGUGAUGCUUUGUGAAAUUGAGGAUAAUGAACUUGGAUUUUCUGUGUGGGAUCCUCGUAAGAAUCCUUGGGAUCGAAAUCAUCUCAUGCCAAUCAUAACCCCUGCUUACCCAUGCAUGAACUCCAGCUACAAUGUUUCAUCCAGUACUCUUCGGGUUAUGGCGGAACAGUUCCAGUUUGCCAAAAAGAUCUGUGAGGAUAUUGAGCUGAAUAAGAUGCAGUGGAAUGCUUUAUUUGAACCGUAUUUAUUCUUUGAGAGCUAUAAAAAUUAUCUACAGGUCGACAUAAUUGCUUCUGAUCUUGAUGACUUGCGUUCUUGGAGAGGUUGGGUUGAAUCCCGUCUGAGACAGCUAACAUUGAUGAUAGAGCGGGAUACGACUGGGAAGUUACAGUGUCAUCCUUACCCACAUGAUUAUGUUGAUUCCUCAAAGCAGUGUGCUCAUUGUGCCUUUUUCAUGGGCCUGCAAAGGAAGCAAGGAGAGGUUAUUCAAGAAGGCCAACAGUUUGAUAUUCGUCAGACUGUUGAUGAAUUUAGACAUCAAAUAAACUCUUACUUGUACUGGAAGCCUGGGAUGGAUAUAUACGUUUCUCAUGUUCGUAGAAAGCAAAUUCCUUCUUAUGUAUUUCCAGAGGGCUACAAAAGAAGGCGGCAUACGAGAUCACUGAAUCAGCAACAAGUCGAUAAGAAUUCUAGUGAAGGUAGUGAGGGCUGCAGGCCAGACACUGCUGAGAGGAUCCCAAAACGAAAGAAGGGCUGUGAUGGGUCAGAAUUGGAGGGAAGUCCUGAGAAAAGACCCUCCAUUAGUCCUCAGCGGCAGGUUUCAGUCUCACCAGAGUUUAUUUGUUCGAGAGAUUCAUUGAGAGGCAGUUGUUCUCCGGUGUUCAUAACAACAAAAGAGAAGGCAUCAGUGAUUGUAGAAUCCCUGCUUAUCAAUGAAAUGGCCAAAGAAGCAGUCCCCGUCAUCUCGGAGGACGUGCACACCAGAUCUAAUGGAAAUGACUUGCAGGUUGAUGAAUGUGAUAAAGUGAUAAAUCCAAACCCGAUGCAGAUGCAGUCAAACCGGGUGAUGCAUUGUACUGAACUUUCUGAUGCUAGUUGCAUCUCAACUGCUGGCACUGCUCAACGCUUGAGCAGCAGUAAUGAUACGGAGAUUGAUAAUGAAGGAUCUUCACUGGAUAGAUCAAGCGAGGCUAACGCACAGCUGCUUAUGGAUAAUGGAUGUGAGAAUGGUGCUUCUGUUCUUGGGGAUGGACUACGAGAGAAGUUAGAGCCUAACGGGGCGCUUGCAAUGGUUCUCAAAUCUGGAGAGGGAGUUGGGUCAGAAGCUGUCGAGAAGAACGUCAUGAGGCAUGUUUAUCAAAAUUUGAAAAGUACACCUACUUUCUGAUUACCACUAUACAAUACUGUCUUUAUGCUGCUUUGGCUUGGUUACUUUUGUCUAUUAAUGCAGCAACAGGCUGAGUCUCACUUCAACUGCCUGAGAAUGCAAAGAAGAUGGGGAAUCUCACUUCUCCACCCGAAUGAACAAGAUAGGUACCUGGAUGAGUGUCACAUGACUGAAAGCCAGCAGCUCGGGUAAGUGCUGUAUUCAUUGCUGGCUUUCAUAUGUUUCUUAUUUUUCCAGGCAAAGCUAUUGGUGAAAUCUUGAAAGGAAACUCGAGUAGCGUCAAUCUAAGGAAAACCCCCUAGGUUUUUUUAAAAAUUCUGUAUGUAUAGCUUUCGGAAUAGAGGGUUCCGUGGUGCGACAGUAAUGCCGUUCUCCUGCAGAAAGAGAUUUGAUCAUAUACUGACUUCGUUAACUAUGCGAAGAUUUGUAUUUGCAUGGUUGUUGAAGGUUGUGCUAUAUUAUCAUACCGUUAAUGAGAGAGUUUGAUGUGUUUUGUAUAUUCUAGGGGAUUUUUGAUGAGGGUAAGUCGAUGAGGAUUUCGCUUAUGUUUCCUUGUAAUCAACCUUCUGCACUUCGCUAACAUCUAAACACAUGUUUCUUCAUCUUCUAUAUAUUAUUUUACUCA